AUGGAAGUAGUCCCUAUUAAAGUUAAAGACUCAAUGGAAGUAGUUCCUAUUAAAUUCCAUAUUCCAGAAUUCGUCAAAGAAAAAGAUAGUUCGAGCAUUUUCGUAAAUAGGAAAAAAAAAUUUACGCUAAAAAGAUGUAAUGAGACGAUUAUUGACUUUUCAAUUAGGGUUAAAACUGUCUGUUCUCUUUGUAAUUUUAAACCGCCUUUUGAUGAACCUUUAAGAGAUAUAUUUAUCCUAGAAGUAGGCUUACCUGAGUUGGACAAAGAACUUCGGUCAAAGUAUAUCGAAGGCAAUAUUACUUUUGAAGAGACCGUGCGUUUAGCGAUCGCGCUGUCUUCGUUGGAAAAUGAAACCCAGACUGAAGUUAAUAAAAUAAUUAAAAAUAAGCCAACACAGGUUUCGAAAAAUAAUUAUUUUAGAAAUAAUAAUUAUACAAACGUCAAUAGAUUCAGUAAUAAUAAACACUUUAGUAACAAUUAUAUUCCUAAUAAUAAUUAUAGACCUAGUAUCAAACCUAACUCUAUUCAAAAGAAAGUGAUAUGCUUUCGUUGCGGUAAGGCAAACCACAUAGCGAAAGAUUGUAGAACCCACGCCAUACAAAUGAUUCUGCCACGGACACCUCGCCUGUCAUUUUCAAAUAAAGAAACCAUCGAUGCGAAGAUAAAUGGGUUGCAGCUAGCAAUGGAGUUUGAUACCGGCGCCGCGUGUAGUGUGAUUGAUGAGGUCACCUGGAAUCGUAUUGGCAGACCACAACUAUCACCGGCUUAUAAAUUAGUGGGAUAUAAUCAUAUCCAAAUCGAAGUACUAGGUGAAAUCAAACUGCAAAAGGCAGUCAUCAGAAUAGAACCGAACACGUUACCGAUUGCAUUACCAGCAAGAAGAGUUCCUUUCUCGUUGCGUCGAACCAUUGAAGCUGAGUUGGACAGACUUUUAGACGAAGGCGUUAUCGAGAAGGUGGAUCCAACAAUAACUCCAAUCACUUGGGCUACGCCAACGGUUAAUAUCUUAAAGAAAUCCGGUUCCGUACGGAUAUGCGAAGAUUUUCGUUUAACAAUCAACAAAUAUCUAGCGAUCGAUAACGAUUUACUACCAACUUUCGUCGACCUAACAAAUAAAAUCGCGGGUGGUAAAAUAUUUUCAACAAUAGAUUUAAGAGAUGCAUUUUUACAAUUCGGAGGAAUUCCUAUGGUUAGUGUAUUUUUAGACGACAUAAAUAUUGCAGGUGAGAAUAAUUCCGAUCAUAUAGUUAAUUUGGAAGAAGUAUUAAGAAAAGAUACAAUAAUUCCUUAUUCAGCCGAUAUCCCUGUCGUGAUUUCUUGUGACGCUUCCGAAGAUGGUCUAGGAGCUUGCACACCGAUUUCUUACUGGCCAGGAGAAACCGAUUGCUUACGCAUCGAGGACACUUUCGGCGGCUGA